AUGAUUAUUGCAAACAUAACCACAAUGGGUGGAUUCCUCCUCAUGGGGUUUUCUGACAUUCAUGAGCUACAGAUUUUACAUGGAUUCCUUUUCUUGGUGAUGUACUUAAUAUCCCUGACAGGUAACCUCAUCAUUAUCAUCAUCACCACAUUGGACCAGCAUCUCCAAUCUCCAAUAUAUUAUUUCUUAAAGCACCUUUCCCUUCUGGACCUCUCCUUCAUUUCAGUUACAGUCCCCCAAUCUAUUAACAAUUCUCUGAUGGAUGAUGGCUAUAUAUCCCGUGGUCAGUGCAUGCUCCAAGUUUUCUUCUUCACAUCUUUUGCUUGGGCUGAAAUGGCCAUUCUCACAGUGAUGUCUUAUGACCGCUAUGCAGCCAUCUGCUUCCCACUACACUAUGAUGUGAUCAUGCACCCUAAUAAGUGUAAGUGGGCUGUGACAGCUGUAUGGCUAAGUGGAAGCAUCUCUGGAAUCUUGUUCACAACAGCCACAUUCUCUGUCACAUUCUGUAGAACCACAGUAAUCCACCAGUUCUUUUGUGAUGUCCCUCAGUUGAUAAAGCUCUUCUGCUCCAAUGACUAUCUUGGAGUGGUUGGAGUGGCUGCUUUCAUGUCUCUGAUGGCAUUCAUCUGCUUCACCUCCAUUGUCCUCUCCUACAUCCACAUCUUCUCCACAGUUCUAAGAAUACCAUCAGCAGUGAGACAAGCCAAAACCUUCUCCACCUGCCUGCCCCAUCUCUUUGUUGUCUUAUUUUUUGUCCCCACGGCUAUCUUUGAGUUUCUCAAACCAACUUCUGAUCCAACUGUUUUUGACCUUAUGAUUUCUGUGUUUUAUACAGUAAUACCCCCAACUCUUAACCCUAUUAUCUACAGUCUCAGGAAUGAGGUCAUGAAAAAAGCUUUCAGAAAUUUAGUGUUGGGUGGAAAAUUCACCAGGAAACGAACACUUUUAUCCUGUUGUUGA